ACGAUACGAGCCAAGAAAAUCGCUGAUGGAAUUUUAUUCACUCUAGUCGCUCUUGUCAGCAUGGACACUGAAGUUCUUAUAAAAGAAGUUUUUGCGAGACCCGGAUUGUGGGAUAAAAAAAAUAACAACCACCACAAUAUUUUUGUGCUGGAAAAACUAUGGGAGGAAGUGGCUGUUGAAAUGAAAACUACACCAAUUGCAGCACGAAAAAGGUGGAAAAGCCUACGUGAUAAGUUCAGGACCACCUUUACUGCUAUCCCCAAAACGAAGGCAGGCGAUGCCCAGUUCGCUUACAAUAUGCACGAGUGGAGAUAUUUUAGAAGCCUUUUGUUUUUAAGAGAUCAAUUUUCAGCUAGAAAAUCUUCUGAAAAUUCCGUUAGCGAAAAUAAUGAUGAUAUCCUUGAAGAUACAUUCGAAAGCUUGCUAAACCAUGAUGGGGAGAAAGAUAUGAAUUUUGUGCUCCCAUCACAGGAAAUUAAUGACGGAUCUCGCCAAGAUUUUACGCCUUCUUCGUCGCGGGCUUCCACAUUCGAUGAAAACCCUCCACAGGCAAAAAGGUCCAAACAAGAUAGCCUUGGUGAUGCUUUACUGCAGAUAGAGAUGGAAAAGCUUAACUAUUUAAAAGAGCAAGAACUGCACAAACAAGACGACGAAGAUUUGAGUUUUUUCAAUAGUUUGUUGCCGGCCGUUAGAAAAUUUUCAGCAGUUGAUAAAUUGGAUUACCGAAUGAUGAUAUUGCAGGUCACUAGAAACUUUUUGACGAAAACAGAAACUGACACAAAACUGACACAGUGGGAGCAGCAGCUGCUCCUGCUACAGCUGGAACACUAUCGAUGA